AUGCCGCGAAAACGUAAGGAAAUAGACACGUGUGGAAAUCCUUUAUUCUUGAAAUGGCUGGGAGAAUGGAUGGAAAGUGCCAGUGCUGCUAAUAAUAAAGCCUUCUAUACAUAUAAAAAGGCAUAUGACUCAAUGUCAAAAUAUCCGUUACCAUUUCAACACCCGGCUGAAGCAGCUAUUCUUAGUGGUAUUGGACCUGGAAUUUGUCAAAGGCUGGAAAUGAGACUUAAACAACAUUGUGAAGAAACUGGCCAGCCUAUUCCACAACGUCCUGAUGAAUUGUCAACAUCAUCUAAAUCAAAAAAAUCAAGACAGAACUCUGAAGAGAGUUUAGGUUUCAAUGAUGAACCUGAACCUGAACCCAAAAGACAGAAAACUACUGCCGCUCCCAAAGCCUAUGUUCCUAAAUAUCGAUCAGGUGCCUAUGCGAUAAUGCUAGCACUUUAUAAAUCAUCAGAGAUCGAUUCAAACUUCAGUGUGACAAAGACAGAUCUUAUUAAAGAAGCGCAACGAUAUUGUGAUGCUUCCUUUGAUAUACCAAGUGGAAAACAGAAAUUUUAUACAGCAUGGAAUUCUAUGAAAACUUUACUUGACAAAAAUUAUGUUUGCAAAAAUGGUUACCCUUCAAGGUUUUCAUUAACGGAAUCUGGUAUGUUAAUUGCUCGACAAAUGGUGCAAACCGCUAGUUUACAAGGAAAAGAUCCCUUUUCAAAUUUGGUUCAGGUUGCAACAUUAUCCACAUCAUCAUCCACAUCAUUCACACCAUCCACUGCUUUAAAUAAUUUUAAUCCCACAUCAUCCACAUCAUCAUCCACAUCAUUCACACCAUCCACUGCUUUAAAUAAUUUUAAUCCCAUAGCGUGGGAGCCCGGUACAUUUGAAAUAGUCUUGAUUUUGGACACACGAGAAGUAAAAUUAAAGAAAGAUCGUGAUUAUAUAAAAGAUACUUUGCAAGAUAAAGGUGUCUCUUUAUCUGUAAGGAAUUUAGAACUUGGUGAUGUUAUUUGGGUAGCACGAAAAAAUACGGCUUUUUCACAAAUGGAAGAACUUGUAUUAGACUACAUUUUGGAAAGAAAGCGAAUGGAUGAUUUAGUUGGAAGUAUAAAAGAUGGUCGAUUUAGAGAACAAAAGUUUCGGCUUUCAAAAUCUGGAGCAGGUCAAAUAAUUUACUUAAUUGAAGAUUAUAAUCUUGAAGAAGUAGCAGAGUUUGGAGAUGCAGUUAAAACAGCUAUGUCAUCAAUACAAAUGUUAAAUGGUUAUUUCUUGAAACGGACUGCCACAAUUGAUCAAAGUAUCGAUUACUUGGUUAGAAUGACUAGGAUGCUUAAGAAAAAGUAUGAGAAUACUUCCUUGUAUGCUAUUCCCGAUAAUAUGAUUUACCGCACCUCAUUCUUGAACAUGAAAAAGGAUUUGGCUACAUUAUAUCCAGACCGUACCUAUCUUGUUACAUAUUCUUCUUACUCAGAUCUUAAUAGUAAAAGUAAACCUUUAACAUUGAAAGAUACGUUUGUAAGAAUGCUCAUGACUAUAAGAGGAAUCAGUGUUGACAAGGCAGCAGAAAUAACUAAGAUUUAUCCAACUCCACGAAAGUUAAUUGAAGAGUUUGAUUCGUUGACUACCGAAAACGACAAAAAGAAAAUGAUUAUGAAUGCGUGUAAUGGUAUUAUUCGUAGAAAAAAAAUUGGACCAGCAUUGAGUGAUAAAAUAUAUCAAAUUUGGUUUGCAAAUAAUUAUCAUUCAUUAGCUUAA